AUGAGUAGUAGUAAGGAUAAUUCAUUACCUGUUCGGGAGGAAGAAGAAAUGAUGAACAUGGACCACGAAGAUGAUGAUGAAGAAGAUGAAGAAGAAGAAAUGAUGGACCCUAACACUGCAGCCCAACAUCACUUGUACCAAAUGCAAGCUAUGCAACAAGCAGGAUAUCCAAUGCCAACACAUGGAGAGAUGGACCCUAACACUGCUGCAGCCUAUGGUGUACAUCCAGGAUAUUCGGGAAUGGAUUACUCAGCAGCUGCAGCCUACGGUGUUGAUUAUCAAAUGCAACAAUUAUAUUAUCAACAGAGUAUGCAACGUUUCCUAUCUUCUCUUCCUCCUUCACAACAACAACAAUACCUUGCUCAAAUGCAACAACAACAGAGAAAUCCACAAAUGAUGAAAGCCUAUGCAACUUCGGCCGCUACUCAACAAAAGUAUUCCACAGCAUCAACACCUUCCGGUUAUGUUGCUUCAUCAAGUGUUGAUCCAUCUGUUGCUCCUCCUUCACCUGAAAAUUCAUCACUCACUCCAGAGGAUGGUGGAAAGAAGAAGAGAGGUAGAAAGAAUAAUGCUGAUGGUGAAGGUAAAAAAGGUGAAAAGGCUAGACAACGUGCCGUCAGACAUAACUGGACUCAAGCUCAAGAUGAUGCUCUCAAGAAGGCCAUUAAUUCACAACAAUACAGCGAAAAUGGUCAAAAGAUUCGAUGGACAAAGAUUUCACAAGAAAAGAAGGAAGCUGCUUCUGAAGAUGCUGUAGAAGGUGAAGAUGGCAAGAAAAAGAAGAGUAAGAAAAAGGCAACAACCACUAAGAAGAAGAAAAAGAAAAAGGGUGAAGAAGAAAGUGAACCUGAAGAGGAAGAAAGUGCAAAGAGGAAGAAACUUGAAGAUGAUUCAAGUACUAGAGGAAAGAAUUAUAGUAGAAGAAAGAGUGCAAAUCCAAGAAAGGGAAAUGUCAGCGUUAUUUUCUCUUCUGAAACAGUUAGUGUUAAACAAGAAUCAGAUGUAUCCAUUGACCCUAUUUUAGGAGCUGCUUCAAGUAUUGAACAUACUGAAACAGCACUUUUUGGAGAAAAGAAGAGACCUAAGGUUUAUCUUUCAAGAAAAGUUCCAAAGAAAAAUAGAAAUGCUAAAUAUAUUAAUGUGGAUGAUGUCAUGAAUCACAUCUAUGAAACUAAUCCUCAAGAGAAAUAUGUUUCAAUUAGUAUUAAGAGUGCUGAUAUUUUCCGUAAUUUCCAACCUAUUCCAAACCACCCACUCAAAGUUGAUUGCCUUCUUGGUUUAUAUUUCGGUACCAAUGAAAGAAAUAUUUGUCUUUCAUCUUAUAGAACCAUGGUAGAAAAUGAACAAUUUGGUCAAUUGGAUGUUAGCUUCCCAACUAAUUUGGUUUCUUUCUUCUCAAAGUGUAGACUGAGAAGAAAUACUAAGAAUUCUCUUUUCCUUUGUGUUGCUCUUAGACAAGCUGCUUUAGUUCAAUCUCUUGAUGAUGAUCCUAGUAGUCAAACCAUCCCUCUUUACUGGGAUAAGCACAAUUAUGGAGCAACCGUUUUCUCCUCCCAUGCCUUUGUUGGUUUCUUCUCUGGGCAAUAUCCUGUCCAAUUAAGAACAGCAACUGGAAUUUUACUUCAAUCUCCACUGACCAUCAAUGUUAAAUUCUCUGACUCAACAGAUAAGUUGAGUGAUUAUCCUCUUGAACUUUCUAAGGUUCACUAUAGAGAAGUUUCCAAUCAAUCCAAUCUUGCUUCCACCUCUAAUACUCAAAUUAAUCCAUUAAUACUAGGUAGUGAAACUCUGGAUCAAAAAGAUGAUAUUCUCCAACUUCACUAUAUGGUGUAUAAGGUCAACUACAUAAAUACUCAUAACAGAGGUGUAGAAAGACUUUGGCUACGCUGGGAUAUGAAUUGUCCAUUAGAAGAUGAUUUUGAAGUCAACAAUAUGAUGAUUAUGGGAACAAACACAGAUGAAGAUACCUUCGCUCAACUCAAGAAACAUCUUACAGAAAAACAUGGUGAUAGAUUUGAGAUUCAAUUUGAAGGUAGAGAAGGUGAAGGAGAAACUGGAUCAUACAUUAUCAGCAUGAAUCAAUACAAGCACUGGUAUCAAAAUUAUCAAUACAUGGACAGAAAGAGAUUGAUGCUUUUGGAUCCAUCAACAAUGGAUGUCAAUCAACUUACUCAUAUUCAAAAACAAUUUAUGGAUGUUUGGAAUAGUUAUCUAUUGGAAAAUUUCAAAUUAUUAAUGACAGAAAACGAAGCUCAUGAUGCUUGCCGUAAUCUUUACAUUAAUGAAAGAUCCAAGUUGGAUGCUGAUGAAAUGAAAGAAAUUCUUGCCCAUCAAUUCUUAAGAUUGACCAGUUUGAAUGUAAUAUCUAUUGAACAUUUUAUGAAUCUUUUGGGAGAAGCUAAGAUUCCACUUACCUCAGCCCUAGAACAACAAUUACAACAUAUUCAACAAAUGCAACAAAUACAACAACAAACUAUCAAUCAGAAUAUGCAAUAUGCUCAAAUGGUAAAUCAGUUAAGUGAUCAACAACCUGAAGAAGAGGAAGAGGAUGAAGAAGAUGAAUAAACAUUUUUGAAAAGUUCAUAAUUAAU